UUGCAAAUAGCGUUCACUGCACAUCUCAACCCCUUCAGAUGCGCCUUAUCCUCUCUAUCCAUCGCCGCCGCAGCCGUCCCCUUUGUUCUUCUCCUCCUUCUCCGCCGCCUACAAGCUAGUCGGUCAUAAAAUUACCAAAAUGCCCCGUCGGCAAUUGCUCCUUUUCCCCCUCCCCUUCCAGGGCCACAUCAACCCCAUGUUCGAGCUCGCUGCGCUCCUCCACUCCCGCAGUGGCUGCAGCGGCGGCGGAGGAGGCGGAGGCGAUGGGGUCGACUUCUCUAUCACCAUACUCCACACAACAACACACCCCAUAACUUCCCCCAUGCAUCCAUCCUACCGCUACGUGUCCUUGGCGCCCGUCGACGACGAACUUUCGAAUAGCAACUGCGACCGCGAGCUCCCCCCGAUCGUCGAAGACGUCGUGCUGCACAUCUUCCACCUCAAUGCGCGAUUCGAAGCAUCGUUCCGGGACCGGGUGGCGGCGAUGCUGGAGGACGCCGAAGAGGAGCCGGUUGCGUGCGUGAUCGCCGAUGCGCACUGGUUCGCGGUGCACGCGGCGGCGAGGCGGCUCGGCGUCCCCAGCGUGGCGCUGCGGACCGGAAGCGCCGCGAGCUUCUGUAGCUUCAUGGCGUACCCGCUUCUCAUGCAGAAGGGGUAUAUUCCGGUCAAAGAAUCUGAAUUAAACGAGGCAGUGGAGGAGGUGCCCCCCAUGCGGGUCCGAGACCUGCCCCGCGUGGACCAGAGCGACCCGGUCGCGGUCGCGGAGCUGCUAGCCAAAGUCGUCGCCGGAGUCCGAAACUCCUCGGGCCUCAUCCUCAACGCCGCCGAAUUAAUGGAAUCCGCUGAGGUCGACAAAAUCCGGCGCGAACUUGCCCAUAUUCAGGUCUUUGCCAUCGGCCCCCUCCACAAGUUCACACCCCUCGCCGCGCAGCCCAACCAGCUUCCCCCCGACCGCACCUGCCUCGCUUGGCUCGACGCGCAGCCCGCGGCCUCUGUCCUGUACGUCAGCUUCGGGAGCGUGGCCUCGCUUCCCGAGAAGCACUUCGUCGAAACGGCGUUCGGGCUCGCGCUCAGCGGCCGCGCUUUCCUGUGGGUGGUUCGCCCCGGCUCGGUCCGUGGGCCCCGCGGGGCGGCGGUCGAAACUAAGUUGCCGGAAGGGUUCGAGGAGACAACGCGUGGCAGGGGAAGGGUGGUGGAGUGGGCCCCGCAGCAGGAGGUGCUGCGGCACCGCGCGGUGGGCGCGUUCUGGACGCACUGCGGCUGGAACUCGACUCUGGAAGCGAUCUCCGAGGGGGUGCCGCUGAUCUGCGCGCCGCAGUUCGGGGACCAGAUGGGGAACGCGCGGUACGCGACGCGCGUCUGGGGAAUCGCGGCGGAGGUGGAGGGGGAGCUCUGGGAGCGGGGGAGAAUCGCUGCGGUGAUUAAGGCUGUGAUGGAGGGGAGAGAGGGGGAGGAGAUGCGAGAGAGGGCGAGGGAGUUGAAGCAGAAAUUAUCGGCGAGCGUGAGUAGAGGGGGGUCUUCUCAUGCGGGCGCAGAAAGAUUGGUGGAAUAUUUGAAAAGUUUGUAAAACAUCAAGCGCGUUGGUCGCCGCACCUAAUGUUUCAAAAAAAUUGGCGUCUAAUCGAGUUUGGUUCAGUCAAUUAGACCUGGAUAUGGUUAAUCAGUUUGGAACAAUCAAGUCAGAUUCGAUAGGAAUUGGGUUUUGCCUUGUUGUAGUCGAAUUGACGGAGCACGCAUCAAGUCCUACUGAUUAAUUAGAUCGAGCCUAAAUUCAGCUCGUGGGUCGGGUUCAACCUACAUGUUAUUCAGGUUUUGCGUAAUUUUCAUGUCUUAAUUAAUUAUAGCUACUGAUGCAUUGGGUAAUUGAAGUUACAAUGGUUUAGUCGUGUCAA